CAGCGCGUGCGCGGGGCGGCCGGGCGCGCGCGCGGCGAAGUUGUCUGCGGGACGCGGCGCCGGCUCCGCUUCUCGCUGUGGGGGCCGCGGCCGCCUGGGCCCCUCCCCACAUCCCCCCCCCCCUCCCCUCCGCAUCCCGCACCCCUCCCCACACUCCCCCGCUCCGGGACGGGCACCGGCGCUUCUCCGCCGCCUCGCCGGCCGCAGAGCUGUGAGGCAGAGUUUGGUAUGAUACCAUGGAAGGGCAGCAUAACCACCCACAUCAUCUAGGGGACCAGAACAACCCUCUUUGCAAGCUGCCGGGGCAGGAAUACCAGCAUGAUCCACAGAGACAUUUAACGUCGUACCCAUAUCGCUGCACAUUGGCAGAUUUUCAAAUAGAGAAAAAGAUUGGACGAGGACAAUUCAGCGAAGUUUACAAGGCAACUUGUCUUCUGGACAGAAAACCUGUGGCAUUAAAGAAAGUUCAGAUUUUUGAAAUGAUGGAUGCCAAGGCUAGGCAAGAUUGCAUUAAAGAAAUUGACCUCUUGAAGCAACUGAACCACCCCAAUAUAAUUAAGUAUUUGGAUUCUUUUAUUGAAGACAAUGAGCUAAACAUAGUCCUGGAACUGGCCGACGCUGGUGAUCUCUCUCAGAUGAUUAAGUAUUUUAAAAAGCAGAAACGGUUAAUCCCAGAAAGGACGGUGUGGAAAUAUUUUGUGCAGUUAUGCAGUGCAGUUGAACACAUGCAUUCCCGCAGGGUGAUGCACAGAGACAUAAAACCAGCCAACGUGUUUAUAACAGCCACAGGGGUGGUGAAGCUGGGAGAUCUUGGAUUAGGCCGUUUUUUUAGUUCUAAAACCACUGCAGCACAUUCCUUAGUGGGAACUCCAUACUAUAUGUCCCCGGAAAGAAUACAUGAAAACGGCUAUAACUUUAAAUCUGAUAUCUGGUCUUUGGGCUGUUUAUUGUAUGAGAUGGCAGCUCUUCAGAGUCCUUUCUAUGGAGAUAAAAUGAACCUGUUUUCUCUUUGCCAAAAAAUAGAGCAAUGUGACUACCCACCUCUUCCAGCUGAACAUUAUUCUGAAAAGAAUCCUGGGACCUCGACCUGCUGCUUGUCUGAUGAUACUGGUCAUCUCUGCUCUGGUUCUCUGAAGUGAAUUAAAAAUCCCCCAGAAAAAAGUUGGUUUUUUUCUUUUUUUUAAAAAAAAAAAAAAAAAAAAGCUUUGAAACUCCCAGUAUCAGGGGUAGCAGGUCAGAGGUGGUGGUUGGACUCCAGAGCCACGUUACAGCACUGAGCAGGGAGGCUCAGGUACCGCUGUGCUGGCAGCAGUGCAGGUGACAAUGUAAAAUCCACUCGGGGUCGUGGGGAAGAUUUCAAUCUUUGGUGCUGAAGGUUUGGUGGAAAAGGUUCUUCCUGGUCCUUGUGCAGGGUGGGGGACGCGGGACGGAACGGACAGACGUGUGUCUGCAGUCUGCCCAGGAACAUCUGCGUAAGCGGAGCUCCGGGCUCCCACCCGGGGUGGGACAAACACUCCCGUGGCCUUUUCCAGGCAGCGGGUUCCUUCACAUCCAUGUGCCUGUUUUCCUGU